CACUUGGCGGCCCUCCCAUGGCCGUGUGGGCUGCACUCUUGUACGCUACAAAACUUUUCUUCCCUCCUCACCUCCUCAACACUUCCAAAUUAACCCUAUGCACCAUUGAUCGCCCAAUGCUGCUGACAAAACACACCACAGCUUGACGUGCCCUCUCGCAUAAUUUGAGCAGUGUUUCCUCGUUCCCUUGUCCAUUGGUGUUAGUUUACAUUCUUUCCCUAGCCCCCCCAAUCAACAGUGUUGGAAACACAAGCACAGGAAUAGGUCAUGGAUGAUAAUAAGGAGAAAGAGCAUGAGCAUGAGCAUGAGCAUGAGAAGCAUGAUGGGACUGACAUUGAGGAAGAAGAAGAGGAUGAAGAAGGUCACAAACGCGUUGUCGUUCUUGGGCCCCAAGUCCCCCUCAAGGAACAGCUCGAGCUCGACAAGGAUGAUGAGAGCCUGAGGAGGUGGAAGGAGCAACUCCUUGGGCAAGUUGACACAGAGCAGCUCGGAGAAACUGCGGAGCCAGAGGUUAAGGUGCUUAACCUGACCAUCCUAUCACCGGGCCGGCCAGAUCUAGUCCUACCAAUCCCAUUCCAGGCAGACGAUAAGGGCUAUGCAUUUACACUCAAGGAUGGCAGCCUCUAUAGCUUCCGUUUCUCCUUCACUGUCUCCAACAACAUCGUGUCAGGCCUCAAGUACACCAACACCGUCUGGAAGACUGGAGUAAGAGUGGAGAACCAGAAGAUGAUGCUGGGGACAUUCAGUCCCCAGCUAGAGCCGUACGUCUACGAGGGUGAAGAAGAGACCACACCUGCUGGCAUUUUUGCAAGAGGUUCAUAUUCUGCUAAACUAAAGUUUUUUGAUGAUGAUGGCAAGUGCUAUUUGGAGACGAGUUACUACUUUGAGAUUAGAAAAGAGUGGCCAGCAACCCAAUGAUAUGGAGCAGUGUUGGCUUCUCUAAAUAUGUUAGAACUAUUAGUUAAGACAAGCAGAAGAUCUAUUCUAUUGCUUCUAGAGAAUGAUUGCUUCACAUGUCAUCGCUGUUAACCACCUUGUAAUUUGCUUUGAGUCCAUUAUUUUACGCUCUCUGUUGCACAAUAUUGUUAAUUCACAUUAUAGAAUCAGUCAUGUAUGAAGAUUUGAAGAUAUAUUUAUGUACUGAUGACCUUCUUGUUUC